AUGGGGCUGGGGUUACUGCUCUCACUGCUGCUCUUCUGGACCUGGGGGACCCAAGGGACCAAGUUGGACCCCAAUGGGCAGCAUGUCUGUGUGGCCAGUCGCCCUUCUGCUGAGCCCCAGUGCUGCCCUGGCUGGAGGCAAAAAGAUCAAGAAUGCACCAUCCCCAUCUGCGAGGGACCAGAGGCCUGCCAGAAAGACGAGGUGUGUGUGAAGCCAGGUCUCUGCCGGUGUAAACCUGGAUUCUUCGGGGCCCAGUGCAGCUCUCGCUGCCCCAGCCAGUACUGGGGCCCCGACUGCCGGGAGAGCUGCCCCUGCCACCCGCACGGCCAAUGUGAGCCGGAUACAGGCACGUGUCACUGCCAACCGGACCGCUGGGGCGACCGCUGCGAGUUCGAGUGCACCUGCACCCACGGGCACUGUGACCCCCAGACGGGCACGUGCCGCUGUGAUCCGGGCUGGUGGGCGCCCACGUGCCACCGCCCGUGCCAGUGCAACCUGGCGGCUGCGCGCUGCGAUGCCACCACGGGAGCCUGUCUGUGCGAACCGGGCUGGUGGGGCCGGCGCUGCAGCUUCCGCUGCGCCUGCCACGGCUCGCCGUGCGUGCAAGAGUCGGGCCGCUGCGCCUGCCGGCCAGACCGCUGGGGCCCUGCCUGCCGCGAGCGCUGCUCGUGCGUGAGAGGGCGCUGCGGCGACGCCACGGGCCACUGCGCAUGCCCGCCCGGCUACCACGGGGAGCGCUGCGAGCUGCCCUGUCCCGCCGGCCGCUAUGGGGCGCAGUGCCAGAAUAGCUGUGGCCACUGCAAGCAAAACAAGCCGUGCGCUCCGGACACAGGAAGCUGCGAGUCCUGUGAGCCAGGCUGGAAUGGAACCCGGUGCCACAGGCCCUGUCCACCAGGCACCUUUGGUGAAGGCUGCAAGCAGCUGUGCCCCCGAUGCCACCUUGGGGAGUCCUGUCAGUCAGACACUGGGCACUGUCAGCAUUGUGACCCUGGCUGGCAAGGGUCAAGGUGUGAGGAGCCCUGCCCACGUGGAACCUUUGGGAAGGACUGCAGCUCCACCUGCCCCACCUGUAAUCACGGGACCUGUGAUGCUGUGACUGGGGACUGUGUCUGCAGUGCUGGUUACUGGGGGCCCAGCUGCAACACUUCCUGCCCAAUUGGCUUCCAUGGAGAAAACUGUUCAGUCCCCUGCCAGUGCCCAGAGGGGCCCUGCCACCCUGUCUCUGGGUCCUGCCAGCUCGGCCUUCACAGUCAGGACGCCACCCUCAUCGCGGGCAUCUUGGUGCCUUUGCUGCUGCUCCUCCUGGGCAUUGCCUGCUGUGGUUGCUGCUGCUGGGCUGCCCGCUUGGACCCCAAGGACAGGCCUACAAGAGAUGGAGCUGCUGUGUCCCGGGUGAAACUGCAGGUGUGGGGGGCACUGACCAGCCUGGGCUCCUUGCUGCCCUGUGGCUCCCUCAGCAGCCACAAGCUGCCCUGGGUGACAGUCUUGCACCACGACCCCGAGAUUCCCUUCAACCACAGCUUCAUCGAGCCUCCCUCUGCUGGCUGGGUCUCUGAAGACUCCUUUUCUUCUGAUCCUGAGUCUCAAGAGGAAGAUGAGGGUCCGGCCUACUGUGUGCCACCCCAAGAAGGGCUGGCCUCUGUGGUCCAAGUCCAGUCUCCAGAGGCCAGUCUGGCUGCAGACUCCUUCCCACCCCCUGAGGAUGCCUCCACGCCCUUCGCCAUCCCUCGCACCUCCAGCCUGGCUCGGGCCAAGCGACCAUCUGUGUCCUUUGCUGAAGGCACUAAGUUUGCACCACAGAGUCACCGGGGCUCAGGGGAGCUCUCCAGCCCGCUCCGAAAGCCCAAGCGUCUCUCUCAGGCAGCACAACUGGGCCCCGAGGGCCAGGAGGCUGAGGAGUCCACAGCCCUGGAGCCAACAGAAACAGAUGAGAACCCUCGCGGGACUGCCAGCCCCAGGGACUCUGUGGUUGGGAACCGACAGUUCCCUCUUGGAAGCUGGACGGUGGCCGAACGCGUGGAAGCUAUUGAGGGCAACAUGCAGGAGCGCUCAGGCCCUGUGACCACCAUCUACAUGCUGGCAGGAGCUCCCCGGCCGUCGGAGGGGCUGGCCAGGUCUACCCUGCACCGCUUUGCUAAUUCCCAGAAAGGCCAGGCAGAGCCCAAGGUCAAGAGCGCCAUUCCUAAGCCUCCACGCAGGGCCCUGAGCCGGAACAAGGGCAGUGCAAGGCGGGCCUCUGGCUCUACAGCUCAGAGCUCUGACUCGACCCCAUAUGAGGAGGUUGAGGGGGCUGGGCCAGGGGAAGCUGCCAAGGGACUGGGGGGAGGCACUGAGAGCCCAGGGAGAGCACAGGAGCUGGUCCCUGAGGGUGGCCUCCCAGAAAAAGAUCCUCAGAAACCAGCUGAAGAGAAAGUGCAGACAGAGCCCCCAUACGAGAAUGUUGCACCCAUCUCUGGGCCAUCAGGGCCCCGAGGACCUUGA